AAAAUAGGAAAGUGAGAAAAAGAACGUGUGUAUAAUAAAGAAAAAAACGAAGAGAGAAAAAACACCACAAAAAAAAAAAAAAAAAAAAAAAAAAACCGAAGAAAAAAAGGUACUGUAGGAGUUGUUUUGGAUUUUGAAAAUUCUGCCCUUUUCUUGUACACCAAACACUCGUUAAAGUACUGAAGAGGAAGUCAUGGGAAGGUGGUGCGAAUAUGCCAUUUUAUGGUUCCUCGCAGACAUUCUCAGAUGCUAAGUCGGUUCCAUAUUCCCCCAUUAUAUAUAUAUAUAUACAUAUAUAUAUACGUCGACGUACGCGUUCCCUUCACUUUACUUUUUCUCAUUCAGGUUUCAAGUACCGGUCUUUCUGGUGGAUUUGGUGCUUCCAAAGUGGAUAUUAUUUUCAAGAACUUGAAUUAAAGUGAAAAAGGGGAAUUGAUGGGCUCCGAACGGCAAUCUGUUGGUUUACUAGAUACCCUGAACAUGGAGAGGGUCAGGACCAUUUUUACCCAUACGUAUCCUUACCCACACGAGCAUUCACGUCAUGCUAUUAUUGCUGUUUUUGUGGGCUGCCUAUUUUUUAUCUCAUCAGAUAACAUGCACACUCUCAUUCAGAAGUUAGACAACAACAUCAAAUGGUGGUCAAUGUAUGGUUGUUUGCUCGGUUUCUUCUAUUUCUUUUCAUCUCCAUUUAUAGGGAAGACAAUUAAACCAAGCUAUUCGAAUUUCAGUCGGUGGUAUAUAGCUUGGAUUUUAGUAGCAGCCCUCUAUCAUCUUCCCAGUUUUCAAUCAAUGGGAGUGGAUAUGAGAAUGAAUCUAUCUUUGUUCUUGACAAUAUUCGUAUCAUCUGUUUUGUUUCUUCUUGUUUUCCAUGUCAUAUUCAUUGGCCUCUGGUAUAUUGGACUGGUUGCUCGUGUGGCUGGAAAGAGGCCUGCUAUCCUGACCAUUCUUCAAAAUUGCGCUGUUUUAAGUAUUGCCUGCUGUGUAUUUUAUAGCCACUGCGGCAACCGUGCUAUUUUGAGAGAAAAACCUUUUGAACGAAGAAAUUCUGGUUGGUUUUCUUUUUGGAACAAACAAGAGCGUAACACAUGGCUUGCGAAAUUCCUCCGCAUGCAUGAGUUGAAAGAUCAGGUCUGCUCAUCUUGGUUUGCUCCAGUUGGGUCCGCCAGUGAUUAUCCGCUUUUGUCUAAGUGGGUUAUUUAUGGAGAGUUAGCUUGCAGUGGCUCAUGUCCGGGAUCAUCAGACGAAAUUUCUCCCAUAUAUUCAUUGUGGGCCACAUUUAUUGGUCUGUACAUUGCCAAUUAUGUGGUGGAAAGAUCAACGGGAUGGGCUCUUACUCACCCUUUAUCAGUCAAAGAAUUUGAGAAGUUGAAGAAAAAGCAAAUGAAGCCUGAUUUCUUGGAUAUGGUUCCUUGGUAUUCAGGGACAUCAGCUGAUUUAUUUAAGACGGUUUUCGACCUCUUGGUGUCUGUAACUGUAUUUGUUGGACGCUUUGAUAUGCGUAUGAUGCAGGCGGCAAUGAGUAGGGUUCAAGAUGGAGCUCAACAGGAGGAUUUUCUGUAUGAUCAUUUCAGUGAAAAGGAUGAUCUGUGGUUUGACUUCAUGGCAGAUACUGGAGAUGGUGGAAACUCCUCAUAUUCUGUGGCACGGCUACUUGCUCAACCUUUUAUCCGGCUUCGCAGUGAUGAUGAUGCUGUGUGUACCCUGCCACGUGGAGACCUACUCCUUAUUGGGGGUGAUCUUGCAUAUCCUAAUCCAUCGGCAUUUACAUAUGAAACGCGCCUCUUUCGUCCUUUUGAAAAUGCUCUCCAGCCUCCGGCAUGGUAUAAAGAUGACCAUGUAGCCAUAAACAAGCCAGAAUUACCUUGUGGGAUGUCUGAGCUGAAGCAGUAUGAUGGACCCCAGUGUUUUGUUAUCCCUGGAAACCAUGAUUGGUUUGAUGGGCUUCAAACCUUUAUGAGGUACAUUUGUCAUAAGAGCUGGUUAGGUGGAUGGCUUAUGCCUCAGAAGAAAAGCUACUAUGCCUUGCAAUUACCUAAAAGGUGGUGGGUAUUUGGUUUCGAUCUAGCUCUACAUUGUGAUAUUGAUGUAUACCAAUUCAAAUUCUUCUCAGAAUUAAUACAAGAAAAGGUUGGAGAUGAUGAUUCUGUGAUCAUUGUGACACACGAACCAAAUUGGCUUCUUGAUUGGUACUGGAAUGACACAACAGGGAAGAACAUAUCAUAUCUGAUACGUGACUGUUUGAAAGGGAGGUGUAAACUUCGAGUAGCCGGGGACUUGCAUCAUUACAUGCGUCAUUCAUACGUUCCGCCAGAUACGCCGGAUAAGCCAGUUUAUGUGCAACAUUUACUUGUUAAUGGUUGUGGUGGAGCUUUUUUGCAUCCCACCCAUGUCUUCAGUAAUUUCAACAAAUUAUAUGGAACCUCCUAUGAAAACAAAGCUGCUUAUCCUUCCGUUGAGGAUUCAAGCAGGAUUGCUCUGGGCAAUAUAUUGAAGUUCCGAAAGAAAAAUUGGCAGUUUGAUUUUAUUGGUGGCAUUAUAUACUUCGUAUUAGUUUUUUCUAUGUUUCCACUGUGUAAGCUAGAUCAUAUAUUGCAGGAUGAUACAUUCUCUGGUCACUUGGGGAGCUUCUUUAGCACAGUGUGGGAUGCUUUUAUGUAUAUGUUGGGACACUCGUAUGUAUCUUUAGCAGGUGCUUUGUCCUUGUUUAUAGCAGCAUUCUCAUUUGUCCCCUCCAAAGUAUCUCGAAAAAGAAGGGUGGUGAUCGGGAUUCUUCAUGUUUCUGCCCACCUGGCUGCAGCUCUAAUUCUAAUGUUGCUGCUGGAACUGGGUGUUGAGACAUGUAUUCGGCAUAAACUGCUGGCAACUUCAGGUUAUCACACUUUAUAUGAAUGGUAUCGAUCAGUGGAGAGUGAGCAUUUUCCUGAUCCAACUGGCCUUAGGGCUCGUAUAGAGAAAUGGACAUUUGGCCUUUAUCCAGCAUGCAUAAAGUAUCUCAUGUCUGCAUUUGAUGUUCCAGAGGUCAUGGCUGUCACCAGGACUAAUAUUUGCAAGAAUGGGAUGGAAUCGCUCUCUCGAGGGACUGCAGUUAUAUACUAUGCUUCUGUUUUCCUUUAUUUCUGGGUCUUCUCAACUCCUGUGGUUUCUUUGGUGUUUGGAAGCUAUUUGUACAUCUCAAUCAACUGGCUCCACUUACACUUUGAUGAAGCAUUUUCCUCACUUCGUAUAGCUAAUUACAAGGCAUUCACACGUUUCCAUAUCAACCGUGAUGGCGAUCUUGAAGUUUUUACCCUUGCAGUUGAUAAGGUUCCAAAGGAAUGGAAGCUGGAUCCUAAAUGGGAUGGAGAGUUAAGGCAGCCACAGCAGUUGAGCCAUCUCAGAAGGUAUCCUAGCAAAUGGAGGGCAGUUUCCUCUCAGCAGGAUCCAUUAAGUACUGUUCGGAUUGUUGACCAAUUUGUUAUUCAACAAACAGAGAAACCUAACCCGGGAGCCAUGAAUGGGUCAGCAGCUCAUUGAUCUAGCAUUCGGUUCCUUGGUAAUAUUGUAACUUUAACAUUCUUUAGGUAGUAAUUCAAAGAAAAAAAAAAUUAGAUUAGAAAAAAUGUGUAGAUGUACUCCAGUGUGAUCAAGGAAGAAAAAUAUAAAUUCAGUGGAUAUAUUGAUCAUGAUUAUUCUUUUCUA